GGUAUUCGUCAACUGGACUUGCUUUACCGACUUUCUUGCAUUGAACGAGAUUGACGAUGCCAGAGAGUGAGUGAGUGAUUGAUCGACAGACUCGCUCACUUUGUCGUCGGUUCAUGCCCGUACACAAAGGCCUCGAGCAAUUCGGACCAGCCUUUUCAAAUUUUCUUCAAUCUGCCCAUAUAAAAAUUCCCAUCAGGCGCGACUUCGGGCAGCUGCUGCGACUUCGGCUUUGUUCAUUUUCUGUCACAAGCUCUUCCGCCACUAUGGCGUCGACAACGCUCUUGAGAGGUCGUGGACCUCGUGCAGCCGCCAUUGGUGCUGCUACUGCGUCGGUCGCGUGUUCAUGGCGGACAAUUGCGACGGCUUGUCUAAGCCACAAACAAACGGUAUAUGGACCCUGGAUUUUCCAAGGUAAUUACGAAGUAUUUUACCUUCCAUGCUCUACCACCUACUGUGCCAACUACAUACGCACUGCUGGUAAGGUAGCCAUGCAGGCGCCUUAG